AUGGGUAAUCUCAAGAGACAUCAGAGGAUCCACACGGGGGAAAAGCCACACCAGUGCAGUACAUGUGGAAAGGCCUUUAAUCAAUUGUCUGAUCUAAAGAAACACCAGAAGAUCCAUACUGGGGAAAAGCCACACCAGUGCAAUACAUGUGGGAAGUCCUUUUGUCAAUCGUCUGGUCUCAAGACACACCAGAAGAUUCAUACUGGGGAAAAGCCACACCAGUGCAGUACAUGUGGCAAGGCUUUUAGUUACAUGUCUCAUCUCAAGAAACACCAAACGAUCCAUACUGGAGAAAAGCCGUAUCACCAUUCUGGAGAAAAACCACACCAGUGCAGUACUUGUGGGAAGGCCUUUAGUGAAUCGUCUGGUCUCAAGUCACACCAGAGGAUCCAUACGGGGGAAAAGCCACACCAGUGCAAUACAUGUGGGAAGUCCUUUAGUCAAUCGUCUGGUCUCAAGUCACACCAGAGGAUCCAUACGGGGGAAAAGCCACACCAGACGCUCCAUACUGGGGAAAAGCCACACCAGUGCAGUACAUGUGGGAAGGCUUUUAGUCAAUUGUCUGGUCUCAAGUCACACCAGAGGAUCCAUACUGGGGAAAAGCCGUAUCAGUGUACUUCAUGUGGAAAGAAUUUCAGGGAAAGCUCCACCCUCACCAAACAUCAAAUUACACAUACUAGAGAAAAGCCACACCAGUGCAGUACAUGUGGGAAGGCCUUUGGUACAAUGUCUGAACUCAAGACACACCAGAGGAUCCAUACUGGGGAAAAGACGUAUCAGUGUAAUUCAUGUUGGAAGGCCUUUAAUAGAAUGGCUGAUCUCAAGAGACACCAGAAGAUCCAUACUGGGGAAAAGCCGUAUCAGUGUACUUCAUGUGGAAAGAAUUUCAGGGAAAGCUCCACCCUCACCAAACAUCAGAUGACACAUACUGGAGAAAAG